GGGCAGCGGGAGGCAGCGGCGCGGUGGCGGCGGCGGCUUCCAGCGACUUCGGCGGUCGAAACAGCCAGAUCUGGACAUUUUUCCUCCUGGUUUCUCCUCUGGCUUAGUGCCUUGGAGCAAGCAAGGGCUGAGGAUGGGAACCGCUUUUUGGUUUUGGAGCAAGCCUUUGGGGCAGAAGCGUGCCCAUUAAGGUCACCGCUGUGUGUUUGAAGAGCUGUGAUGCCAAACGGAGACAUGUUCCCACAUCAGUUGUGACCAUCUCAUCCAGCCUUGGGGAGAACAGCCCACCAUCACCAGACUCCUCAGCAUGCCCAAACAGCCCAAAUAUCUCCCACGCCCUCCCUGUGCUGCUGCCAGCUUGGGCUUCCCAUUGGAACGAGUCCUCAGGGGUCACUUUGUCUGCCUCUGAACACCCCUGUGGCUCACUGAUGCUGCAGCCCCUCCGAAAGGCGUCAGAGAGGUGACACAAGGGACCCUGGCAGUGACAGGCAGCUGACUGGAGUGAUUUAAGACUACGAGGGCCUUGUCGGUGCCAAGGAGGUCCCUCUGUCCCUGCCGGAGUGAUGCCAGCUUCUGCUUAGUACCCAAGAAGUGAUGGGGUAUUCCCUCCACCUUCACCACCCCGUUGUCCCCUCCUGUGCUGAUUCCCCUGACCCGUGGGAGCCUGUAGCAAUGUGAUCAGGGCCCUGCAGCUCAACAGCACCCACUGCCUGCCCCACUGGGCACCUUCAGGACACUUGCCCACCUGUCACACUCCGCCAUGAUGUGUGAGGUGAUGCCCACCAUCAGCGAGGGGGACCCUCUGGGUCCCCCACAGGGCUCUGAGGCGGAUGCCGACUUUGAGCAGCUGAUGGUGAACAUGCUGGAUGAGAGGGACAAGCUGCUGGACACCCUGCGGGAGACCCGUGAGACGCUCUCUGUCACCCAGAGCCGCUUGCAGGAGACCCUACGGGAACGUGACCAGCUCCAGAGGCAACUCAACUCAGCACUCCCACAGGAGUUUGCAACGCUGACACGGGAGCUCAGUGCGUGCCGGGAGCAGCUCCUGGAGAGGGAAGAGGAGAUCUCGGAGCUGAAAGCUGAGCGCAAUAACACCCGGCUCUUGCUGGAGCACCUGGAGUGCCUGGUGUCGAGGCAUGAGCGGUCCCUGAGGAUGACUGUGGUCAAGCGUCAGGCCCAGUCGCCGUCCGGGGUUUCCAGUGAGGUCGAGGUGCUCAAGGCGCUGAAGUCACUCUUUGAGCAUCACAAGGCGCUAGAUGAAAAGGUCAGGGAACGCCUGCGAGCAGCCUUAGAGCGAGUGGCAACCUUGGAGGAGCAGCUUGUGGAUGCACACCGGCAGGUGGCAGCUCUGCAGCAAGGUGCUUCUCGGGAGGCCCCAGCGGGUGAGCGGGAUGAGAGGGAGCCCAAGGAGCCAGCACAGAAGCUUCCCUGGAAGCGGCUCUCCAAUGGCUCCGUCCACCCGGAUGAUGAGGCAGGACGGGUGGUGGAGCUACAGGAGCUCCUGGAGAAGCAGAAUUUCGAAGUGGUCCAGGCCAAGGAGCGCAUCUCUGCAUUGGCUGCCAGCGUCGCUGAGCUGGAGGAGGAUCUGGGCACCGCCAGGAAGGAUCUGAUCAAAUCGGAGGAGAUGAGCAGCAAGUACCAGAGGGACCUCCGAGAGGCCCUGGCUCAGAAAGAGGACAUGGAGGAGAGGAUCACCACACUGGAAAAACGCUACCUAGCAGCCCAGCGAGAAGCAACCUCCAUCCAUGACCUCAAUGACAAGCUGGAAAGCGAGCUGGCCAACAAGGAGUCCCUGCACCGCCAGUGUGAGGAGAAAGCCCGGCACCUGCAGGAGCUGCUGGAGCUGGCGGAGCAGAAGCUGCAACAGACAAUGCGGAAGGCAGAGACGCUGCCUGAGGUGGAAGCGGAGCUGGCCCAGCGCAUUGCUGCACUCACCAAGGCAAAAGAGAGGCACGGGAGCAUCGAGGAGCACCUCCGGCAGCUGGAGAGUCAGCUAGAGGAGAAGAACCAGGAGCUGGCCAGGGCCCGCCAGCGGGAGAAGAUGAAUGAGGAGCACAACAAGCGGCUCUCAGACACUGUGGACCGUCUGCUAAGCGAGUCCAAUGAGCGGCUGCAGCUGCAUCUCAAGGAGAGGAUGGCAGCCUUGGAGGAGAAGAACACAUUGUUACAAGAGCUGGAAAAUACCCAAAAGCAGAUAGAGGAACACCAGCACGACAAGCGACGGUUGUCUGAUGAGAUUGACAAACUGAGGCUGGAGGUCGAUCAGCUCAAGACCAGAAGUGGGACGUUUGUGGAGAGCGUGCACACAAGAUCACAUAUGGGCAGUGCCACGGACCUGCGCUUCCCACUGAGCGCUGUGGUCCAUGCCCCCGCCGAGCCCUUCGGGACAGCCCCGGGCCUGCCUCGGGCACAGAAGGGCCGAUUUGCCACCCGUCGAGAGGAGCCAGCCAAGGACUGGGAGCAGACCCAGGCAGGCGGCGUCCUGGCCACAGGGCCUCAUGCUUUCGACAGCGACCCUGAGAUCUCCGAUGUGGAUGACGAUGACCGUGAGACGCUCUUCAGCUCCAUGGACGUGCUCUCCCCUGGCGGGCACUCAGACGCCCAGACAUUGGCUAUGAUGCUCCAGGAGCAGCUGGAUGCCAUCAACGAGGAGAUCAGGAUGAUCCAAGAGGAGAAGGAGUCCACGGAGCUCCGCGCAGAGGAGCUGGAGACCCGCGUCACGAGCGGCAGCAUGGAAGGCCUCAACCUCACCCAGCUCUGCAAAAGGGCUUCCAUCCCCACGUCACUGACGGCCCUGUCCCUGGCCAGCUCAUCCCCACCGCUCAGUGGCCGCUCCACCCCCAAGCUCUCCUCCCGCAGCGCCGCUCAGGACCUCGACCGCAUGGGGAUCAUGACACUGCCCAGCGACUUGAGGAAGCACCGGAGGAAACUGCUAUCACCUGCAGCUCGGGACGAAAGCCGAGAGGAUAAAACCACCAUCAAAUGUGAGACGUCCCCCCCAUCCUCACCCAGGACAUUGCGGCUGGAGAAGCUGGGCCACCCUGCGCUAAGUCAGGAGGAUGGGAAGAGCUCGCUGGAGGAGCAGGCCAGCAACCCCAGCAGCAACAGCAGCCAGGACUCCUUGCACAAGGGCUCCAAGAGGAAGGGGAUCAAAUCCUCCAUCGGGCGCUUGUUCGGGAAAAAAGAGAAGGGUCGCUUGAUUCAGCUGAGCAGAGAAGGGGCCACGGGGCAGGCAGUGCUGCUGACCGAGAUGGAGGUGGGCAUGCAGGACCCUCUGGGACUUGGCAAGCUGGGUGCUCAGGCCGAGAAGGAUCGGCGCCUGCGGAAGAAGCACGAACUCCUGGAAGAGGCUCGGAGGAAAGGAUUGCCCUUUGCUCACUGGGAUGGCCCCACUGUUGUCUCCUGGCUGGAGCUCUGGGUGGGGAUGCCAGCCUGGUAUGUUGCCGCUUGCCGAGCCAACGUGAAGAGCGGAGCCAUCAUGUCGGCCCUGUCUGACACUGAGAUCCAGAGGGAGAUCGGCAUCAGCAAUGCGUUGCAUCGCCUGAAACUGCGUCUGGCCAUCCAGGAGAUGGUCUCACUUACGAGCCCCUCAGCACCACCCACCUCACGGACGUCCUCUGGAAAUGUCUGGGUCACCCACGAGGAGAUGGAGAACAUGGCGACUUCCACCAAGACGGUGAGGCUGACUGGCCCCACUGCUGCUGCACAGCGUAUCAGUUACCGAGCUGAGCUCCGGGACACAGAGGAAGGCAGCUGGGCACAGACACUGGCCUAUGGGGACAUGAACCACGAGUGGAUUGGGAACGAGUGGCUGCCCAGCUUGGGUCUCCCGCAAUAUCGCAGCUACUUCAUGGAGUGUCUUGUUGAUGCACGGAUGCUGGACCACCUCACCAAGAAAGAUCUCAGAGUGCACUUGAAGAUGGUGGAUAGCUUCCACCGCACCAGCCUGCAGUACGGCAUCAUGUGCCUGAAGAGGCUCAACUACGACCGCAAAGAGCUCGAGAGGAGGCGAGAAGAGACCCAACACGAAAUCAAAGAUGUGUUGGUGUGGACCAAUGACCAGGUCAUUCACUGGAUCCAAUCCAUUGGGCUUCGCGAGUAUGCAAACAACCUCGUCGAGAGCGGGGUGCAUGGGGCGCUCCUGGCCCUUGAUGAGAACUUUGACCACAACAGUCUGGCACUCGUGUUGCAAAUCCCCACGCAGAACACGCAGGCUCGACAAGUGCUGGAGAGGGAGUUUAACAACCUGCUCGCCUUGGGCACAGAUCGGAGGCUGGACGAUGGUGAUGACAAGACCUUCCGUCGAACCCCGUCCUGGCGAAAGCGCUUCCGCCCACGAGACGUUCACAGCAUCAACAUGCUCAGUGGCUCGGCCGAGACGCUGCCCGCCGGCUUCCGUGUCACCAGCGUGGUGCCCCUGCCCCCUCCAUCCGCCUCUGCCAAGAAAAUGCCCCCGGAAGUUGGUGCCUCUGGGUCGCCAAGGCUGGAGACCUCCACGGUCCGGACAUAUUCCUGCUGAGGGUCAGCGUGACAGGAACCAGCCCAGCCCUGGGUAAGUGCGAGGAGGACCAAGGCCUCGGAGCUGGAUGGGGACCGAGAGGAGAGCAUGAGGCCCAGCGUCCUCUGUCCAGCAUCACCCAGGCAGGGUGUCUGCCUUCAACAGGUUUGCCUUGCCAUGGAGGACCAUGGAGACCUCAGUGGUGGGGGAACAGCCCACCGCUGCUGCCUGAGGUUUACAGGACCUUGAGAUGAUGCAGGAGGGAUGCUCAGCAUCCCAACCAUGUACGGUUUGUCCAGUCCUCGGACAGACAGCUCCACUGGGGACCCCAGAAUGCCAUCCUAGAUGGGGGGGUCCCACUGGGGUGAGGGAAGGAUAGUCAAGCACUUCAAAGAUGCUCCUGGGAUCCUGCUGUACCCUGGGGCAUGGUUCCCCUGUGCCAGGAAGAUUCAUUACUGACUGCAUCUGGGUUUGCUGGCCUGUGGGUGCACGGGUGGAGGUGUGCUCCAUCCUCACAGGGCCUUUCCCACUUUGUUUCUCAGCACAUCCCCACUAUCAGUAUGGCCACGUGCUGGCUGCCUUUCAGGACAAGAGCCCAGCCUGCACCUGUUCCUUGGCCCAAACCAACAAACGCUGCAGUCUCGCUGCGGUGGACCGAAAAGGAUGCUCUCCCUUCUGCUUGUGCACCCCACCGCUUCCCCCAGCUCCCCAUGGCUCCCGCCUGAGGCUUGUCCACCCACCUCUCCCCACACUGGCCGGGCUUUGGGUGCGCUUGCUGGGUGCCUGCUCCGUCGCUGGCAGAAGCGUGGUGCAAUCACGGAGCAGCAGAGACACCCCAAAAGCGGGCUGCAAUAUUUGGAAACCUUUCUCCUGCCUGGUUCAUGUUGCCAAUACACCAUGGGCUGCUGCACUGACUCAUCUGAGCCCCCUUGGGCAUCAGGAAUUCUGCUGCCCACAGGACUUGAAGCCAAGGAAGAUUCAGGCUCGUGAAAAUCCUCACACCGGGGUGGCCAGGCAGGGAGCUGCCCCCAGCGGGGGCCAGUGCCAGUGCCAGGGUCGGCGCUGCAUGGGGUGGAGCAGAGACCAGCCAUCGUAGGGGCGAGGAGGGUGGCUGUCUGCCAGGGUGCAGGUGGUCAGGGUGCUGCAUUUUGGGGUGCUGCCAGAUGCCAUGUAGAGGGGAGGCUGUGCCUGCACGACGGGUCCAUGAAGGGCUGCGUGGGGAAGGGCUGGAACCGCCCCAUAGGCUCACUGCUGGCCGGGACGGUACCCAGCACCCACAGGAGAGGGGACCUUCCUUGGGCACCUGGGGAGACACAGCGGGGGGCAACCCCCGCCCCGGGACAUGCCCAUCCCUUCCCCUCUGGGACCAGAGGAGAUGCUCUCCUCUCCUGCCUCCAGGCUGUGGGCAGGGAUCAAUCCAGGAGGCCCUUCACUCUUCCCAUUUCUUCCCCGUAGGGUAGGAUCUCUUCGUCUCCUUAUGCCACGUUUGCCUUGUGUGGCCCCUAUUUCUGAUGUGAUAUUUAUUGAUGGCUGGAAUGACCUUAUACUUAUCAUGUGCUGUCUGGAAGUGCAAUAUCUGAGAGGCUAUACAGUCACGAUGUCUUUUCAGUGUAUUAUUUGCCUAAUACAGUAUUAAAUAUUUUUUUAAUUUGAAGAGUCAGUGAGCCCUUUAUAUCAAUGCCCUACUUCUUUCGUCAUAUUAUUGGUACUGCAUGGACUCCAAACCCUGGAUCGGGUCAGGAAAGGAUGUAUGUGUGUUCCAAUAAACAAGAUUUU